AUGGAAACACCAAGUAGUGAGGGAAUGGGGAAAUACGUUGUGUUUGUGGGUAGAGAACCGGGCAUUUACAAAACUUGGGCCGAAGUACAUCGCCAAGUCUAUUGCUACCCUGGGAACAUUCAUGAAAAAUACUCCACUUGUGACGCGGCUGCCAGCGCGUGGAUGAAAUUUUUGGCCAAGGAAUCCAUGAGAAAGUUUCCUCGGACAACAGCAAGGGAAUUGGGACAUGUUUACUGGGAGGGUGAUCUACACUUUCGUCCAUCUUCUUCAACCAUAACUCCAUCUGCAGCCUCAAUGUGUCCUACAUUGAGCGAGGCUGUAAAAGAUGGAGUUUGUGAGCCUCUCAAAGGCUGUGGGGUUGAGAAAAAGAGGGAUGGUGGAGCAAUAAAGUGGCUGUGGAUUACCAUGUGUUGUGUUUUAUUUGUUUACUUAGUGAUGUCAUCAACUAACCCUGGAAAGAUGCCCAAUGAUGAACCUAGCUUCAAUACUCCAUUGAAUGGAGGGGAAGGAAGCCUUGAUACCUUGACUGAUGAGGCUAGGGUAGAGCCUCUUCAUCAAACUCAGUUGUCUAGUGAUGUUAAACAACUGACCGCUACUGUCAUGGAUCUUGCUGGGUCUGUGAAGGCAGCUAUGGUGAAGUUCCAACAAGUGGACCAUCGUCUAGAGGAAUUUCACCAGAUCCAGACUGUUAUGCAUGGUAACAUGGAGAGGGUAGACAAGUUUCUCAGCAUGGUUGACAAACCAAACCUUGGAGAAUCAACCCCAAAAUGUGGUAUUAAGUCUAAAGCUCCUGCUGAGUCUGCUGCUUGUAAAAAGAAAAGAAAAAAUGCAAGGGCAACAUCUGAGAUCCUGAAAAAUGAUGUAAUCAACAUUGAUUUGGACUUUGAGAAGAAUGAAGGUGAAGAAAAAAAUACAGACUCUGCUGGUUCCAACCCAAGCAAAGGCAUUCUUACACCUUGGCUACAAAAAAGUUUCAGAAGUGCUACAUCUGUAGAGGGACUUGUUGGUGCCUUUGUUAGGCAAGAAGUUGAGCAAACAAGGUCUAGGCUGUUUGUCACCCCACCCUCAUCCAAAAGAGCUACUAGCUCUUCAUCUACUUUUCGAAGUCCUAUCACUGGCCCCCAAUCAAUCAAUCCAAUGACCCAAGCGAUGCUCUACAUGCGCCCUUUACCUCGUCCACUUGUUCCAAAGGUAUACUACGGUUUUUGCAUUGCAAAUAUUGCUAGUGCCAGGCCAAAGUUUGAAGUCCCUGAAGAGCUGGACUUGUUAUUGACUGAUACUCAGGUUGCUACAUACUUGUUCGAAGAGGAAAGUGACCCAGAGUAUGUUGAAUAA